UUUUCCCACAUCAUUCCAAGGGAAGGCCUCUGUAGCUUUAGAAGGAACAAUCAUGAGGAUUAGAAAAGGGAAGAUCCAAAUGUACCCAUCAGAGCUGCAAUAACAGUAUUGUGCAAUUUAUACAGAAAUUGACAGAACUGGUACCAGGGAAAGAAAGAUAUGGUCAUAGGACUGACAACUAUGUCCUGGAGCCCGUGAGAGCUUUAGUCAACAUCAAGAGGCUCUGAAGUUGCCAUGUCAGAAGCUGGACUCCUACUGCAGAGAUUCCUCAGGGGACAUCCCAGAGUUUUUGGGACCCUUCUGGUGGUGAUUGGGCUAUUCCAGAUGGCCUUUGGAGUCAUCUUAUUCAUGUACCCUUGUGUCUACAGGGAUGAGCUGGGCACCCAUUUCUAUUCAGCUGCAUUGUUAAUCCUGGCUGGCAUUCUCACCCUUGCUGCAGACAAAGCCAACAACCUGGGCCUGGUGAAAGCCUGCCUUGCAAUCUAUAUUCUCUGCACAAUAGUGGUGGCUGUGAUCAACAUUUUCUACUUGAUAGACUUACUGUACAACCCCCGUUACCAGUACCUCAGAUGUUCUAGAACUGAGGUGGACUGUGAGAUGCUGAAUCAGAUUGCGGGCUGUUGUACAGGCAUGCGCAGCAUUGUCCUGAUUUUAACUUCCCUAGGAUUCUUUAUUUGCAUCUCCAUGGCAGCCUUUGGGUGCAAAGCUGUGUGUCGCCAGAGCACAGCUGAUGAUGAUGUGCCCAUUGCCAGGCCAAGGUAAUAAUGGAACUGAAUGGUUGCCUGGCAUUUUCCAAGUUCCACUGAACUCAACAGAGAUCCUUCGACCAGAUGUCUUGCUCCAAGCCUAAAUCCUUAGCACCUGAAGAAAGUUCAUAAUAUAUGCUUCUUUGUGGAAACUAGUGACUUCCCACUAGGCAUGGAAAGGUCUGUCCAUUUCGGUUCUCUCAGUUUCUCAUUUUUGCAGUCUUAAAUUCAGUUCUCCACAUUUCUCUAGCAAUUUGUGAAUUUUUGGGAAAAAAUUCUCACGGACGUUCUUCAGCAUUUUAGUGUAAAUUUUGCCUA